GUGGAUCGAUACAAUAAGUGUAAGGCAGUUAUGAUUCUACCUUUGGUAGGUGAAUGUCUCUACUUUGUGACUCUGCUCAUAGCAGCAAUAUGGUUUGACAGUCUUCCUUUCGAGUUUGGUGGCUAUCUGGAGACGAUUGUGCCCGCCAUGUUUGGUGGUCAAGCCUGCUUGCUUAUGUCCGUAUUUACUUAUAUGUCGAUAUCCACUCCAGAGAAAGAUCGAGUCUUGCGUUUCGGUAUCUUUGCCAUAGUGUCCCAACUUCACGAAUUCGUAUUUGUUGUUUUUAGAUCUCCUCCGAAUUUCUUGGGCUACACAGUCUCUUUUGCCACGGGUGCGCUCUUUCAAGUCGCUGCUAUAAUCUAUGUUGUAAUGUUUAUAAAAGAGCCUAAGCCACAUGAAAAGGCUUCUGAAUUACCUGACCAGGAUGAUUUAAAGGCAUCGGAAAUGGAGUCCCCAAAAAUCGAACAACGCCGCAAUGUGCUCAGAGAAUUCUUUGAUCCCACUUUAGUAGUUGAACUUGUUAAAUUGCCUUUUAAGAGACGAGCGAAUAAUGAACGCCUUAUAUUACUGCUAUUAAUGUUGUGUUACAUCUUGACUUCUGGACCUGAGGCAGGUGAAGCCGAAUACAUGGACAUGUACAGUGAUAAGAAACCUGUGUGGAAUAAGAACUUUGAUUAUCGCGCAUAUAUUGUGGUGAAACGUUCAUUGGCUAUAUUUGGAACUUUCUUUGGAACUGUUAUCCUAAGUAAAAUGUUGAAAUUCUCCGAUUCCAUGCUGGGUAUAUGGAGUGCUAUCUUCACUGUUGUGUCGCGUCUUUUAUAUGCUUUUGUAUCAGAUAGUCCAACAUACUAUGCUGCUGGAGUGCUCGAUUUAUUUUCACUGUUUCGUUACAUUCCUAUUAAAACAAUUGCAUCGACUGUUAUUGAAGGCGAAGCCAAAUUGUUUUCUCUGCUCGGCAUCUUGGAGCCAAUCGAAGCGCAAGUCUUUUCGGCCAUCUACAAAAAGGUUUAUGCUCUCACUUCCAAAUCAUUUCCGGGCGCUGUUUUCCUCCUCAGCGAACUUCUUUACUUACCCAAUGUGCUGAUCUUCAUCGCCUGCUACUUUUUACUGCGUCGACAUAAUACGAAGACGCCCCAAACAAGCGAAUAAAGUGAACAACAAUCUUAAGACCAGGA